UAGUUAGAUUCUAUUUUAAUCCGAAAGACCAGAAGUGCCAUAAUCAUAUAUUCCCACCUUCAAAACCAACCCCAUAAUUUCCUUUUACUCAACCCAUUAAUUCACUACUUUGGAGCUUCUUGGUUGUAAUCCAAGUUGCUGUACUCUAUGUUUAUUAGAAUCACAUUUCUCCAUAAUCUAAUAAGAUUCCCACCCAUUCAAAGCAUAUAAAGUUUUAUCACCAACCCCCACAAAAACGCACAUACAACUCCUAUAUACCACUUCUUGUCCUAAAAAAAAAAAAUAAAAAAAAAAAAAAAAAUGGGUGGAGAGCUCUGUGCGAAAAUGGGAACUGGGUUAUGCAGAAAGUUUGGAGAGUCAUGGAACAAAAUGGAGACAGGCUUAAAUGGUGCGGUGUCAAAGAGCUUUAUUGGGAGGUACUUCAAGUUAGACGCAAGAAAGACCUGCUUCACAAAGGAAUUGAGAGCUGGACUCGCAACUUUUCUAACCAUGGCCUAUAUCAUCACCGUCAACGCCACCAUCAUCGCCGACUCCGGUGGGACUUGCUCCAUCGCCGAUUGCUCGGCUCCGGCUAACCAAACAGCCAGUCCAGAUUGCAUGAUCAAGCCAAAUGCAGGGUACCAAAAUUGUCUAGCUAAAACCAAGAGUGACCUUAUUGUUGCUACUGUUUUAUCAGCUAUGGUUGGAUCUCUGGCUAUGGGAAUUUUAGCCAACUUGCCCUUAGGCUUGGCCCCAGGGAUGGGUCCUAAUGCUUAUCUGGCGUAUAACUUGGUGGGUUUUCAUGGAACUGGGUCUAUCUCUUACCAAACUGCUGUCACUGUGGUUUUACUGGAAGGUUGUGCUUUCCUUGCAAUUUCUGCAUUUGGGCUCAGAGCAAAGCUAGCCAAGCUUAUACCUCACCCAGUUAGGCUCGCUUGUGCUGCCGGUAUUGGGCUUUUCAUUGCAUUUGUUGGUUUACAAGUCCAUGAAGGGGUAGGACUUGUUGGUCCAGACCCAUCAACUUUGGUAACAAUAACAGCUUGUACCAAUACAAACCCAGAAACUGGUGAGUGCCUUGGUGGGAAAAUGGGGAGCCCAAAAUUCUGGUUGGGCUCAGUUGGGUUCCUAAUCACAAGUUUUGGGCUGAUGAAGGGGAUUAAAGGUAGUAUGCUGUAUGGUAUACUUUUUGUGACAUUAAUUUCAUGGUUUAGAGGCACAUCCGUGACAUAUUUCCCUAGCACACCAGAGGGUGACACAAACUUUAAGUACUUCAAGAAAGUCGUGGAUUUUCACUUGAUUCAAUCCACAGCAGGGGUGUACAGCUUUAGUGAGUUCAAUAGGAGUGAGGUUUGGGUGGCUUUGGCAACCUUAUUCUAUGUUGAUGUGCUAGCCACAACAGGCACAUUGUAUACUAUGGCUGAAAUCGGAGGCUUUGUCAAUGAAAAAGGAAGUUUUGAGGGUGAAUACUUAGCGUACAUUGCUGAUGCAGGCUCAACAAUUGUCGGAUCAGCACUUGGAGUUUCACCUAUUGCAACCUACGUGGAAUCUUCGGCAGGGAUCAGAGAAGGUGGACGAACAGGAUUAACAGCGGUGAUCAUCGGGUUAUGUUUCUUCACUUCUCUGUUUUUUACUCCCUUGUUGUCUAGUGUACCUUCAUGGGCUAUAGGACCUUCAUUGAUCAUGGUAGGAGUGAUGAUGAUGAAGGUUGUGAAAAACAUAAACUGGUCAGAUAUUAAAGAGGCAGUGCCUGCUUUCAUCACCAUAAUUCUUAUGCCAUUGACAUAUUCUAUAGCAAAUGGAAUCAUUGGUGGGAUUGGACUUUAUAUUGCUCUUAGCCUCUAUGAUUUUGUUGCUGGGUAUAUUCAGUGGUUGAUCAAGAUGAGAAAAAUGGUGGUCAAGGAGCAUAACCAAGUGUCUGCUACAGCUGGUGCAGACCAAGCAAUUGAAACUGUUUGAAGUUUUUGCAGGGGGUUAUUAUAUAAGGUAUAGGAAUCUUAAUGGGCUUAUAUAGUUCGUGAACCUUUUUUGUAUUGGUUAUAUAUAGCAUCUGAAUAUUAGAACAUAGUAGCAAUGGGUGCACAAGGUGCAAUGAGAGGUCUUGAGCUUGGGGUAACCUUGGAAGCCUCUGACUGCAACUUGUGCAGGCAUUUGUAGUUUAUCAAUUUUCAUUUGGCAAUUGGUAUCCUAUAGAUUUUCUUAUUCAAAUCUGUUUUAUUUAUGGAAAGAACAAAAAAAUGAAUGAGAAAAAUGAUACUGUUUUAUGAAACAUUGAGGCAAGAGAGAUCCAAGACCAGCCACAUGGUACUCAUCCAAUGACUACUAGCUGCUUGGUAAUGUCUACGUUUUUUGUUUUAUAUGAAAGA